AUGGCCAUGGAGGGAAAUGGCAGGGAAUCGGACCACGAUGAUCCCCCCCUCUGUAUACCCGUAUCCUCUCUGCUCUCCCAUUUCGAGAACCUGUCACACCGCAAAACUCUGUCUUCAGUUGGCACAAAACCGCAUGAAUCAUCUAGUCGUUUCUUGAGAACACCCGAGCCUGGUGAUGAGCCGCGCUCUUCGACCCGCGCCUCCCUGGAUCUACCUCGGCCACACUCUCCGUGGAAUUCGACACUCGAUGAAAGACAGAGUCGCCGCGCCGAUCAAUCUACAAGUCCAUAUGGUGCUCAGACAGGAGCUCGCGGAUCUCCCGGUCGUCGUUAUGGCCGGCCCAUCUCGAUGAGCUUGAACCGCUCGUCACCACAGCUGCCGCCCACUUUAACUGUCGAUUCACCCCAAUCGCCGCCGCGAGAGCUCAGGCGGGAUCGUUCACUCCCCCGUCAAGAUGAUAAUCGCAUGGCUAGGAGCUCGAUUCAUCUUCCUAGGGCGUCCGUUUCCGCUGGAGUCUCUCCCGCACCUCCUCCUCCGAGGCCGAUUACGCCGCAGCUUGGAUCAUCUGUUCCGCUAGGAGACACAGCCCAACGGCUAUCGCCCAACUCUCUCACAGUGAAUGGGAAUGGUGGCCCAACUGAUCGGAAGCUCAAGAGUGCUUCGCUGCCUCCUCCCGCUAACAGGGCAUCGAAGCCAAAGAUCCCAGCUAAACCGGCCCAGUUCUCCCACCCGGAUACGAAUACACUAGCUCCAAGAUCCGAAUUGGCCUCAUCUGAUGACCAUGUUUCACCUUUCAACACUCCGCCCAGCAGCCCGGAAAAGCUCCCACCCAAGCCAAUUUCGGCUAGCAAACCUUCCCCGAAGCUUCCUCCGGGACGCCCUACAACUGAGCCCCCAACUAGGCGAUCCUUUGAUGAGCGAUCGCCUACACCAAGUUUCCAGGCAAAGCAUGAUGCGCGGGAGUUGGGCUUCUCCCGGACCCGUCCUGUUCCCGAGCCUUCUCGGUCUACUAAGCCCUUGAUGGUGCAAAUCCCACCUACGUCUUCUGUAUACCCAGAAGCUUCCACCGCUCCGCCCCUUUCAACACAGAAGCUACGAGUAAGCGACAGUCCCCAUGACCGUCCAGGUCUUCCUCCUCGACCAAUCGGUUCCACCCCUCGACCGAAUGUGCUUUCACCGGCUCGGGAACCCCCUCGGCAGGUAAACAAUUCUAGCCCGAUGACACCUAUUGCUCGAUCUGCUCCGUCUCAUGCCCAUUUGAACCAAUCCCAGAAACCCUCGGCCCCUCCAAAGGCAACAAUCCCUGCCUCCUAUCAGGAACGUCGCCCAGCACGCACGGACACCGAGGAGGAGGAAUUGAUCACAGAGGAACCUCCAAUUUCACGUACCGACUACCCUGAUGCUUCGAUGGCUAACCGGAGGCCACCAUUCCUUAAGACAGGCCCUAAGGAGAUCCUCACUCGAUACGACACUCGCUUGAUGGACGUGUGCGGCAAAUACGUAUGCACAGCCGGCUAUUUAACGCGCAUAUGGGAUCUCACGACCGGCGAGCAGGUUAUGAGCCUCUCGCACGGAGAAACCGUGAAGACCCAUUCUCUAGCGUUCAAGCCUGGAGCAACACUCGAAGAAGAAGGCAAACGCAUUUGGCUUGGAACAUCCGCUGGUGAUAUUCAUGAAGUUGACAUUGCUUCCGAGUCCAUUGUGGCUACGCGUGCUUAUCCCUCUCGUCGGGAGGUCAUUAAGAUCCUGCGUCACAAGAAAGAGAUGUGGACACUCGACGACGAAGGCCGUCUCUUGAUUUGGCCUGCUGAUGAGUCUGGCACACCUAAUCUACAAUACAGUUAUCACGACCCCCACGAACGGGUGGCUCGUGGCCAUACAUUCUCCAUGGUUGUGGACGACAUGCUUUGGCUGGCAACUGGCAAGGAUGUCCAUAUUUACCGACCGAACGCACGCGAUGACGCCUCGUUUAAGCUCUUUAAGCGGCCAUUGGGUCUUCAGCACUCUGGCGAUGUGACAUCUGGCACAUAUACUACAAAAGAUGGUGGCCGCGUAUAUCUGGGACACGCAGAUGGCAAAGUCACUAUUUAUUCUUCAUCAGAUUACUCAUGUCUCGCUGUGGUCAAUGUCAGCGUCUAUAAGAUCAACUGUCUUGCCAUUGUUGGAGACUACUUGUGGGCAGGUUAUAAAACGGGCAUGAUUUACGUUUACGAUGUUAAGACCAAUCCAUGGACGGUGAAGAAGGAUUGGCGCGCCCAUGAUAGCCCUGUGUCCGCGUUCGUGCUUGAUACUAGUAGUGUCUGGACUCUCAACCGCCUGCAGGUGACAUCCCUUGGCACAGAUAAUUGCAUCCGUCUCUGGGAUGGUAUGCUGGAGGAUGACUGGCUGGAUGCUCGCAUGCAAACCAAGGAUGUCGAAUUCUGCAAUUUCCGAGAAAUUCGAACUGCCAUAGUUACGUGGAAUGCCGGCGCUUCAACACCAGGCAGUGUGCGGACUUCGGACUUCAUUCGGGAUGCUGUCCAUCCAGAAGACCCCCCAGACAUCGUUGUUUUUGGAUUCCAAGAGUUGGUUGAUCUGGAAAACAAAAAGAUCACUGCUAAGAGCUUGCUCCUUGGAAGCAAGAAGAAGGAGAAUGGAGAGAAAGAGCAUAUGAGCCGGCAGUACCGGGUGUGGAUCGAUCACCUCACCCGCACACUGCAUGAGUGUAUGCCUCUCGAGGAAUCUUACGUUCUUCUGCACAGUUCCAACAUGGUUGGACUGUUCACCUGCGUAUUUGUCAAGCACAAAGAACGCCACAAUAUCAAAAACGUCAAUGCCUCGGAGGUUAAGCGAGGAAUGGGCGGGUUGCAUGGAAACAAGGGCGCUCUUGUCUUCCGCUUCGUCCUUGACGACAGCUCUAUGUGUUUUGUCAACUGCCAUUUAGCAGCGGGACAAACACAAACCGCUCACCGUAACAACGAUAUCGCUGCGAUCCUUGAGGCGGAAACCCUGCCGUCAGAAAACAGCCUGAGUACCCGGACUAAUCAAUUCGCAAGCGGUGGUGAUGGCUCAAUGAUCAUGGACCAUGAAGUUUGCUUCUUGAACGGUGAUCUUAACUACCGUAUUGAUGCCAUCCCUCGUAACGUGAUCAUCGACGCCGUCCGACAAAACAACCUUCCCAAACUCCUUGAGCGUGACCAGCUUCUGGCGUCUCGACGAAAGAAUCCAGGCUUCCGACUCCGCAGCUUCAUCGAAGCUCCGAUCACCUUUGCGCCAACCUAUAAAUACGACGUUGGUAGUGAUCAAUACGAUUCGAGCGAGAAGAAGCGUUCUCCCGCCUGGUGCGACCGCGUCUUGUAUCGCGGCGUCGGCCGCGUCAAGCAACUCGAAUACCGACGCCACGAGGUCCGUGCCUCCGAUCACCGACCCGUCAGUGCCACCUUCAAGGUUCGCGUCAAAACGGUUCUGCCGCAGGAACGAGCUGCAACAUGGGAGACCUGCCAACAGGAGUUCCAGGAUGAGAAGCGGCGGUUGGCUUCUGAGGCUAGCAUCGAAUACCUCAUCACCGUCCUCGGCACCGAUCCCCGCCAAGCCCGUGCGCUAAUCCUGAAGGGUCAAUGA